UUUGCUCAAACUCGUGCCCAUUGGGUCGAGGACGCCAUCCAACCAUCUCAGCCUCUGUCGCCCUCUUCUCAACCUGCUGGCAGUGCCCAAAUGCAGGAAGCAGCUGGCCCUGCCACCACAUAUUUUGGCCCUGCGGACCUUAUCUCUUCUUACAAUUGUGAUGCCCCCACAUCACUUUAAGCCAGACCAUCCCAGGCCUUAGGCCAGGGCUUUGCCAACUUUAGCAUGCAGAGCAACAUCUGGGGAUUCUGCUAAAACGCAGACUGUGCUUCAGGAGAUUUGAGGACUGGGCUUCCUCCUUUCCGGUAAAUGCCCUGGAGGAUGCUCUCUUGGGAAGACCACACCCUACCAGAGAGUUAGAAGGCAGCGGAAGGAUGAAAAUAUUGAACAGCACGUCCUUCUACAAUUCCUGAUACACACUCCCCCUACCCUUCACUAAAUCCUAAUGGAGUCAAGAAUUCAGCAUAAUGCAGUUGUACUAUGCAUAGUUGUUAGGAUGUCUUUGGGAUCGGCUGUUUACAAGGAGAGAAAAAAAAAACCCCGCCUCCUUAGUCAUCACAUCCGGGGUUCUUGCUUACAGAAAGUGUCCUCGGGCAGAGUUCAGGGCCCUGGCACCUCAAAUGGGGGAGAAAGAAGAGGCGUAGGGGAAAGGCCAUUUAGGGGAGCUCCCGCCCACUCCCUCUCCUGCUUAGAGACACUCUUGGCAUUUUUCAGAUUCUCUUCUGUAGCUUCGGUGGGAAGAAACCUGUCCUCCAACAAGGGGAUCUGUGCCACCUUCCACCACAAAGCCCGCCAAUUCCUCCAGGCUUGGUUGUUAGGAUUAGACAGGGACGACACUGUUCGGGGACAGAAGGAGCCGCCGCUCCUUUGCCUCUGGAUGGAAAUGCCAGCCGAGUGCGGGCCGCCAGGCUGAGGUCUAUCGAGGGGCAGCGGUGCCCACUGACGAAAACAAGAGGCUGGUCCCCUGCAGGCCGGCUCUGAAGCACCAACUUCCACGAGUGAGCGCCAGCUCGCAUUCUGCCACCCCGUUUUGCAGAGAACUCAGCUGGGAAGCUCAGAAAGGUUAACACAACCCGCGUCCACACAGCCUAAGGCGGCCUGAGGAACCGAACGCUGCCCAAAGCCGUAGUUCGGCCUCUCCAAUAAUGCUGAGGGACAACAAAUCACAGGUUGCCUCGCAAAAGCCGAGGGACGGCCAACCCCAAGGUGGCCCCUAGAGCCCGCCCUAACACGGACAGUCGGACCCGCCUGGAGGCGGAGACGGGAAACCACUUCCGGGAAACGGCCGGCCACAGAGCCAAGCACUUCCGGUGCAAGGCACAGGCAGGUCGUUCGGUGGUUAACGGACUCGCAGUUUCGCAGCUAGGAUGCCACACAUCAACCUGUCGUUUGCAGCGUGUGGGUUUCUGGGCAUCUACCACUUGGGGGCAGCAUCGGCACUUUGCAAACACGGCCGAAAGCUGCUGAAGGUUGUCAAGGCCUUUGCCGGAGCUUCUGCGGGAUCCUUGGUUGCUUCAGUUCUCCUCACGGCGCCGCAGAAAAUAGAGGAAUGUAACAAGUUUACCUGUGAUUUUGCCGAAGAAAUCCGAAGGCAGUCUCUUGGGGCACUGACACCUGGCUAUGAUUUCAUGGCCCGAUUGAGGAGUGGAGUGGAGUCGAUUCUCCCUGCCAACGCGCAUGAGCUGGCCCACGACCGCCUGCACGUCUCUAUCACCAACGCCAGGACCAGGCGGAACUGCCUGGUCUCCCGCUUUCCCUCCAGGGAGGACCUCAUCCAGGUCCUGUUAGCCAGCAGCUUCGUGCCCAUCUAUGCAGGACUGAAACCAGUGGAGUACAAAGGGCAGAAGUGGGUGGACGGAGGCUUCACCAACAGCCUGCCCGUCCUGCCCACUGGCCGCACGGUGACCAUCUCCCCAUUCAGUGGGCGCCUGGACGUCUCCCCGCAGGAUAAAAGGCGGCUGCAUUUCUACGUUAGCAUCACCAACCAGGACGUACUGUCCCCGUGUGUCUUUCUGUCCCAGCUGUCCGUGGCAAACUUGGUAAGACUCAACCGGGCCCUCUUCCCGCCAAGCAGGAGGACAAUGGAAUCGCUCUAUCAACGGGGCUUCGAGGACGCCAGCAGGUUUUUACGUAAAGAAAGUUGGUUUGAGUAGGACGCUUACAGCUUGUUAACGGAGAACACACUUCUUCACGGAGGUUUCUAAUUAAAUCCUUUUUUAAAAGCC